AUGUUAGCUUCUUGUGGUAAAGAAGUAAAAAUACACGAAUGGCCUGAUGGGGUUUUAGUUGGUGGAGUGUCGUCGAUUAACGGAGUGACCUUCAAGGGUCUGUCUUGGUCUCACUCCGGAAGUAACCUGCUCGCAGUGCCGUCCGGUCACAACCCCAUUUUACUAAAGGAAUGCGAUAAUAACGACGAAGCGAACGGCGAUAUCUUCUGGGCGGACAAUUUAAAAGGCUUAAACGGGGGCAUAGAAUCCGGCAUUUUUCCCAACACCGUUGAGAACUAUUUAACGAUCGGCCUGGUAACCGGACAAAUUAUAGCCUACGAUAUUUACGAUCAAUGCCCCGUCAAAAACUACGUGUGUCUUCCUGAACCCGUCGUUCUUUUAGAUUACACCUACGAUGAUACUUUGUUGGCGGCCGCUUGUAGAAAUGGUAAAAUUUACUUUUACGACAGCAACGGAAUCGUAAACACGUGCCUAAGCGUACCGCUCAGUAAAUCUGUAUCAACUAUGAUGUUCCACCCGACUUCGGAUUCUUAUUUACUAGCUGGAAGUAAAGAAGGGAUAUUGGCCGGAUGGGAUGUUAACACUGCAGCUAUAAAAUUUCAAUGUCAAAAUCACGAAAGGGAUGUCGCUGAUGUUUGUAUGGCUACAGAAGAUUUAUUAAUAUCUGUUAGUUCAGAUCAAAGAGUUUUAUUUUACGAUCUUCGUAGUCAAACAACUGUAAACACCGUUAAUAUUGGUAUCGAUUUGACAUCUGUAGCAUAUUAUGCGCCGAAUGAAGACGUUCUUGUUGGAACAUCGGAAGGAAGAAUUUUGUGUUUCGAUAAAAGACAACCAUCGAUAAUAAAACAUUCGUUUGAUUCACAAAAAAAUUCACCUGUAAAACAUAUUUCUUUCAAUACACGAAAAUGCGUAUCAGAACCGAAAUUUUCUGAACCAAUUUAUCCAGAAAACAAGAUUGCAAAUCAAUCUUUAACAAGUAUUUUUAAAUUCGGAGAUUUCAUUAAUAGCGACACAUUUUUAUCUAGAAAGGAUGAUGACUUAUCAGCGGUAGAAAGUAAAUUAAUUCCCGAUAUCAAUGAGCCUAGAAGCGAAACGAUGCGAAUAGGAGAAGGUAGUGGAGCUCCUUUUUAUCAACUUAUCGAAGAAAACUCUUUAAAAGCUCUUAAACAAGAGAUUAUUAACACUAAUAAAGAAAUUAUAAAAAAAUUCAAGGAUGAUAUUUCGGAUGAAUUUUUUAAAAUCCGAAUGGAAGUAAGUCGGGAAUUUUGUCAUUUAGAGCGGAUGCAAAACCAAAAGUGGCGAGAAUUUCAUAAUAAAUUAUCAAAAUUGGCUACGCACGAACGAAAAGAACACAAAACGAUGUCUGAAAGUCAAUUUUCUGAACUUACAGAAACUUUUAAAUUUGAUGGUACUAAAUUGGACACAUUAAAGGAAAACAGUAUAAAAAAAUUAUAA